CGUGUGGUGGAAAUGGAAGACGUGAGGAGCCGUGAACGGGGGAGGCAAAGCAAGACGCAGGCGCGAGAGCGGAGUGUCGAUGGCGCACCAGUGGCACCGCCACCCACCACCACCGAAACAGGAUGUCGUUGUGGACAAACAAGUGGAAAGGGAAAGCGAGGCGCAGCGAGAGGCGAGUGCAGUUGCCAGUGGAGAGGAAUGAUUCGGGGGUCUGGUGGAGGCCGAAGAAGCGAAGAUCCACCACCGGAGUUGGAUAAGAGGAGAGGCGGAGCGGACAAUUCGGUUCCCGACGGACCCCGGGGCAGAACGCUUCUCACAGUUGGGCGAGCCGACUGAUCCGAGCUGGCACCAGCCGAAGGCAGCCAGAGCGUCCGUCGAAGUGGUGACAGCUUCCCGCAGGCCAGAGGCCGAGAGCAGGCGCAGCAGCCGGUCAGGUCGGGUGCGGGUGCUGCUUGACUGCGCUUCGGCCACUGCCUGCCUGCCCGCCUGCCUGCCGAUGUCCGCGUCCGCGGCCCCGAGAGCCGGUGAAAUCUGAAUUGCCUCGCGCAGGGACGAGAGAACGAGGAGAACGGGUGCGCAGCCGAGCAGCGUCGAGAAAUUGUCUGCGCCCGAUGGACGGUCGCCGACGCCGAAGCAGAGUGUAGACGCAAUUUCAAAUGGACUUGUGGUUUUCUUUCCUCUCGAAUUCCCCUCUGGAGCCCCGUCAGCUGCUGUUCCUGUUCGGUGAAACCCCUGGUUCCGUCUGGCGCGGAUUGCUGAGUACUCUGCGCUGAGGACGCGCAGGAUCGAGGUUCGAUUUUGUUGUCGGAGCCGCGACCUCCUCAUUUGUUCCGGCCGGGACCAUGGUUGAGGUGGUGCCAACGCGGUUUGGUGCGGGGCCUGGGGCAGUCAGGCCAAGAUUUUUGCCAAAUGAAUCCGUGCGCUCAAGCUUAGACGUGGUGGGCAGCAAUUGCAGAUGGCCAAUUUUGAGGGAGAAUGUGAGAGCUGGAAGCAUGAUGCUUGUGCAUGCGGUUAGUAGCAGCAGUUUCCUGCCCUCUCGGCUUUCACCGUCGUGCAGGUUGAGAACAAAGAAUAACAGUCGCAGUGCAAGCUCAAGAAAAGCUCAAGCAAAGAAGAACAUCAGGGACCGGCAACCUUUGGAUGGGGACAGUCAGUCUGCUGAUGACGUCAGAGAAUUUCAAGCUGGAAAAAAUUCUCCCCCUUCUCCAGACGUUAACCUUCCGCGCGGAGCUGAAGGGAACGGAGCUGGGACGGCCACCGCCCAAAUAGAAUCGCUAUUAUCUCCUGAUCAGAUGAACCAGGCACCAGAGAGUGUGGCGUUGGAUGGCGGAGCAGACACGAAAAUUGAGAUCCCACAACCGGUAAAGGAGAAGGAAGAUAUGAAGACGUCCAAAGUGUCUUUGCCGAAUCGAGGCAGCUCAAAUGAGGAAGGAGGUUCAUCUGGUGUUAGCGUCAAUGAUCUGAUGCUAAUGAUCAAAGAAGCUGAAAAGAACAUUAUACUUCUCAACCAGGUGCGAGCACGUGCUCUUGAGGAGCUAGAAAACGUUCGCAGUGUCAAAGACGAUCUGCAAGGCCAAGUGCAUGUAUUGAGUGCCCGUCUUGCAGAGGCCGAUGCCAGGGCCAAGCUAGGAGACCAAGCCAAAGAGAAAAACAAAAUUUUGGAAGGAGAACUGAAUUCGCUCCAGGCCAGGUUAGACGAGAAGGAGCUUGAAGCAAAAGCAGCACUUCAGUUAAAAGCUGAGUAUGUAACUCUUCAACAGCAAGCCCAAAAUCUGGCUGCACGUUUAGAAGCUUCCAGUGCCGCAGGAAGUGAAGUAAAGGUUUUGAAGAGCCAGAUCGAGGAUUAUGAGGAAGAAGUAAAAAAUCUCAGAAAACGUGUGGCAGAUUUGAACGUGAAGGAAGAGGUCGUACAACGACUUGAAGGCGAAAAGCAGACAGUCCAAGAGUAUGCACAUUGCUUGGAGCUGAAACUGGCUGAAGUUGAAGAGAAAGAAAUUGAGAAUGCACGUCUCAAAGCCCGUGAAGCGGUUCUUCAGGCAGAAUUAGUUCGAUUAAAAGCGGAACUGGAGGAAACAUCUGAUGCCAGCCUGGUCACACCUCAACUGGUGAAAGAAACUGAUCUCUUGCGACAGCAACUUCAAGCACUUCAAGAGUCAAUGAAAAGUGCGGAGGAGGAUCAACUAGCUCUGAAUAUGGUACAGGCUGAGAACGCUGCAUUGCGAGAGCAGGUGCAAAUUUUACAACAGAGGAUUUUGGAAUCAGACACGGAGAUUCGUCAACAACUAGAGUUGUAUCAAGAUGAAGUGGAGGCUUUUCAAUCAAGUUUAGAAGGUUUGAAGGCCGAUAGCGGGCUCGGUAUUGCUCAAGUUCCAGUUGGGGAGAUGCCAUGGGACUUUUGGAGCAAUCUGCUUCUCCGCAUCGAUGCACUGAUGCUUGGGAAACAACUUUCUCUUGAUGAUGGUCUCGAAUUGAGGAUUAUGGCAUGGCGACGAGAGGCCCGUAUCAGGGAUGCAUAUGUUGCUGUGCAAAAUGAAAAAGAUGCGGAUGUUGCCGCAGGUUUGACGGAGCUCACGAAACUGAAGAAGAAGCCUGGGUAUCAUGUGGUGCACAUAGCCGCAGAAAUGGCCCCGGUUGCCAAGGUUGGGGGGUUAGGAGACGUCGUUACCGGGUUGGGAAGAGCUCUUCAAAAGAAAGGGCAUCUUGUGGAGAUCAUACUUCCAAAGUACGACUGCAUGGACUACAGCCGCAUUAAGAAUUUAAAGGUUUUGGACGUUGAGCUUUACUCUUAUUUUGAUGGUCAAACGCACAAAAAUAAAAUAUGGCUCGGUAUCGUCGAAGGUCUUCCCGUUUACUUCAUCGAACCCCAUCACCCUGCAAAAUUUUUCUGGAGAGGACAGUUUUAUGGAGAGAACGAUGACUUCAAACGUUUCACGUAUUUUUGUCGUGCGGCGCUUGAAUUUUUGCUUCAGUCUGGCAAAAAGCCCGACAUGAUUCAUACUCACGACUGGCAGACAGCAGCAGUGGCACCUUUGUAUUGGGAUAUCUACGUCUCUCAAGGGCUGGACUCUGCACGUUUGGCGUUCACGUGUCAUAAUUUUGAAUACCAAGGCGUCGAUGCCCCUGGAGCACUUGCAUCUUGUGGGCUCAAUGUCCAACAAUUACACCGACCAGACAGGAUGCAAGACAAUUUUGUACACGAUCGAGUGAAUCUUCUUAAAGGAGGAAUUGUCUUCUCGAACGUGGUGACAACAGUCUCUCCAACAUAUGCCCAGGAAGUGCGAGCUCCCGAGGGAGGGCGCGGAUUGCAUCUUACACUAGCUCAACACUCCAAAAAGUUUUUAGGGGUGCUAAACGGCAUUGACAACGAAUCAUGGAAUCCAGCAACAGAUCCGCUACUUGAGUUCCAGUUCAGUGCAGAUGAUUUGAGUGGAAAGUACGCCAACAAAGCUGCAUUGAGAACUCGGUUGGGACUAGCACCUUCGGAGGGUGAUGAUGACAGGCCACUGGUUGGCUGCAUAACUCGUCUUGUACCACAGAAAGGAGUGCAUUUGAUUCGACACGCAAUCUAUCGCACGUUGGAAUGUGGUGGGCAGUUCAUUUUGUUAGGUUCGAGUCCUGUUCCAUCCAUUCAGCGUGAGUUCGAAGGUAUAGCCCGGGAUUUUGAUCAGCAUCCUCAUAUUCGCCUUGUUUUGAAAUAUGAUGAAGCUCUUUCACAUUCAAUAUACGCUGCAUCGGAUAUGUUCGUAAUUCCAUCCAUUUUUGAACCUUGUGGCCUUACUCAGAUGAUUGCAAUGCGGUAUGGUAGUAUCCCGGUCGUUCGAAAAACGGGAGGAUUGAAUGACAGUGUGUUCGACGCGGAUGAUUCUUCCUACCCUGAAGAGAAGAAGAAUGGUUUUACGUUUUCUGCUGCCAAUGAAGGGGGACUUAACUUUGCCUUGGAUCGAGCAAUGGCUUACUAUAGGACCAAUCGCCAGUGGUGGCGAAACCUUGUAACAAGAGCGAUGAAAAUGGACUACAGCUGGGAUCAUUCUGCAGAUGAGUACAUAGACCUUUACAGGCAAUGUCUGGAAAGGUCUAAAACAAAGUUGUAGAUGUAUCGGGCAUCUAUCGUUAAGGACGUUCUGACGAUGUGCAGCUUCGUCUUUGUGGUGAGCGAUGUACUUUUUCUGCUUUGAAAUGUAAAGUAUUUUACUGACACCGAGAUAUGAAGUCACAUGUGGUCCUUGUUACAUCAAAUUAUCUCGAUCUUUUAGGCCGUAGAAUUGUCUUUUCAGGAUCAAAUAUAGGUUGAGAAGGAAAGUGUUUUCUUUCAUUUAACUGCUUUAGUGAUCUCGCAGCAUAGUAGCAGUUGAACCGAGUUCAUUCUUUAAGACGACAUUGUUUAGUGCGAAUUCUAGGGUGUAUUCAAAAAUCAAUUUUGUACCAUGAAUUCAAGUGAUGACGGCGACAGUCUUAUUAGAGUGUGUAUCUUGUCUCGGAUUUAGCUUUAUCUCUAAUUAGCAGUUGAGCCCAGUUCGUUACUCAAGACAUUCUUUAGUGCAAUUUAUGGGGUAUUCGAAAAUCGGUUUUGUACGAUGAACUCAAGUCGUGACGGCUGUAGUCCUUGUAGAUUGUUAUCUUCUCAUGUGAGCUUUAUUUUUAAGUUGUCUCGACGUCCUGAAGCUUAGCAAGUAGGCAAACAGCAGUGAGAAUUCAUUGUAGUACAAGCAUUGAAGCGCUUGUGUAGUGUAAAUUUCGAAGUGAAAAUUUUGACUUAAACAGAAAUUC